UUGGGUUCCCCCCCUCAUGUUCUCCUCUGUUUGCGCAUGCGCUGUCCUCCCCCAAGUCUCCAGACUCCAGCAGAACCUACGACUCCGCUCGCAAACGGCGGCGAGGAGCAGCUCUGUUCUCCUGUCAGCACGGGACGUCUCAUAUGUGCUGAGUUUGUGAGUCCACUUGAUGUCAGCUCCUUUAGGUGGGUGGGAGGGUCUGCAAAAUCAAAACCCAAUAGCCACAGUGACCUCACAUCUGUCACCACCCUUAUGUUCCUGCAGAGCGCCGAAUAGCUCAUUCUAAAAACUGUUGCAGAGCUAAAAGUAAGGGACUCACUUCCAACAUGGAGGGCGUAGCAGUGGACAACCUGAUAGACUUUGACCUGCCCUCACAGGCCACAGCUCUUAGUGUAGAUGGAGGCCAACACCAAGGCCAUACAGACAUUUUCUCCCCAGAACCGACGUCUUCCAUGGGAGUCCCCCAGCAGCACUUACUGCCAGAACCCAUGGCACCAACCAAACCCAGCUCUCACCACCACCACCACCACCACCACCACCACCAAGAGGAAGGAGACAACAGCAGCGAUGCUACUGAGUCUGCAGACAGCGAGAAUGACAUGGACCCACCCUCUCAUAUGUGGGAGCUCAGGAGGUCAUCAUCUUCGUCCACUCACAGUGGAGAGGACACGGAUGCUGAAACGGUGGAGAGGAGGCAGUUCAUGAAGGCUUAUGUGGAGAAGGUGUUUCAUGGAAAGGAGGACUUUGACCAGGAAGAGAAGGCUCGUUUUGGAGAGCUGUGCAGUGGAGAGAAUGGCAAAGGCAGGGAGUGGUUUGCCAAAUACGUCAGCGCACAGCGCUGCCACUCUAAAUGUGUGAGUGAAGCCACCUUCUACAGACUGGUGCAGUCUUUUGCAGUUGUACUGUUUGAAUGUUACCAGAUGGAUGACUACAGCCCGGCCAAAAACCUCAUGACUAUGUGCUUCACGUAUUACUACAGUGGGAAGUCCCAGCCUUCACCCUCAGAGCUGCUUGAUCGUGGUGGUCCUCCAGCUGCUCAGGACUCGUACCUCAACAAGGCCAACUCCUGGCUGUCUGAGAAGAAGGAUGCUGCCGAGCGCCUCCUUAAAAACACAUCAAAGACUGACGUCAAAGGCUUCUUUGGAGGUCUAGAAAGCAAGCUGAGGAGCUCAAUGGCUCCCAAAGCUGAGGAUAGUGAAAACCCAGUUGAAACAAAGAAGCUAUCACCAGUGUCUGAGGCUCCAGAGGAAAGAAAGGAAGAGAAGGUGUACCUGUACACCCACCUGAAGCAGCAACCCAUCUGGCAUACGCUACGAUUUUGGAACGCUGCGUUUUUUGAUGCCGUGCAUUGUGAGAGGAAGAAAAGAUCACCAACCACAAGGGAAAAGUGGUGUCAUAUGACCCAGGAGGAGAGGGACGACAGCUCCAAAAUCGAUGAGAACAUCGCUUUCGGCCAACUAGGGACAUUCACUCACAACAUGUUGGCGUUUGGGCUCAGUAAGAAGCUCUGCAAUGACUUUCUGAAGAAGCAGGCCGUCAUCGGGAACCUGAAUGAAGAACAGUACAAGUUGCUGAGUGACCACAUAGAGAAAAUGGCACCAGAGUGAGUUUGAGGACGACAGGCUGCAUAUCAAAGCCUCCACAUAACACACACAUCAGCAGUUACUUUUCAGCUGAACUUCACUUUGACUGUCCGUUUGCAUUUGUGUGGUGCACUGCUGAAAAACAACACAACCUACUGUACUGAACUGUGCCAUUGUUGUAGCAAACCCUGUUUAUCCAACUUGGUAGUGCUUCUCUGCACCCUCUCCUGUAUCAGCAAUAAUACGUCAUCAGCUGGUGCAUACUUUAAUCUGUAAUAUCUUUUCUGUCACCUGCUUUACAAAGACAAGAAGCGUAAAGUUAAACCAUCCAGCGUGAAGCCUAAACAGCCUCAGUAUGCUGUCUGACACUCUGGAUUAUUCACAUGAAGUGUGGAUUAUGUAUCCUAUGCUAUUUUGUUCUGUGUUCCCUUGGUAACCAACAGCAUGUGGUGAAACUGUACUAAGUAUUGUCCUGCCUUGUUACAUUUUACAUAAAUGUCUACAUACAGUUCAAACCAGACUUGGGUAUAAUAGUACAUGGCAAUAAUAACUCAUAUUGUUUUAAUCUGCUAUUCAGCUGGCGUCAGGUUAGUUUUCAAUCGCAAAGUCCGUUAAGUUUAUUACUGAGAACUUCUAUUCUGAUCUGUGCUUUGUGUAACACUGUAUUAUCCUAUUUGGCAAUACACACACACAAAAAAACCAUAAUAUAACACGUAUCACUGUCAUUUUACAUUUUGACUGGCUAACUGUUUCCCCUGCUUUUUAUGCUAAGCUAACCGUCUGCUGGUGGUAGCGUUAUAAACAAACAACAGUAUCAAUUUUCUUUUUUAACUCUGGACAAAAAAGAAAGCCUUCUGUCUGAGGAGAGAUGUUACUACCUAUUUCAAACACAUUUUUAGUCUGGUCCACACUUACAGCUUAGUGAUAUUCAUUUAAUGUUUAUUUAAUUAGAUGCUUUAUUAUACCCAUGGGAACAUCCAAAGUGCCUGCCAUGAAAGUUAUUGUCCUUGGCUUUAUCCUGCCCUUUAUGCUACCCUCGAUUGCCCGAACAAACACUAAUGCAGAGCCUGCAAAGAUCACUCCUUUUACUUAUUCCCUGCUAGAUCAACAGCUUCUGCACGCAAAUAAAAUUAAUUUUAUUGCCAUCUGUGUUUUCAGUGGUGGAACGAAGGAGUAGUUGUUUUUUUUUUUUUUUUAAUUUGGUUGAGCUGUAAUGCCACCAGCAGCAUAGCUAAGCACAUCACCGGGCUAAAAUACCGGCCCUGGCCCACGAUAGACACUCUUUCCUACCCUGCUGCAUGUGUAUAUCUGUGUAUCUAUCUGGCAUGUGCAAACAGCAUCAUUCCCUAAUUGUGUUACUCCAUCCUACCACUACGGGGUAGCAUUGUGUCUUCAUUCAAAGCACUUCCAAAACAUCAUGAUGCACCUUCUGGCAGGUUGAAUCCCAUUUCAGAUUCUGUUUUAAUCUUUUGUGUCAAAAUAAUUUUGUAAAUACUGUACAUAGUUCUCCAUAUGUUGUAAGGAUUGAUCAUGUACUACUGUUUCUGAAUUGUGAGUCUUUCAAUUGUAAAUGUAUAAACAGUGGAUGUAAUUGAAACCAUUGUGUUGACGAGGAUCAUAAAUGUCUAACUCUAGUUAUGACCCUGAAGUGGCCCCAUACACCCCAUCUCUGUUUGAUGUGGUCAUUCAAAGUAUUUGCAUAUAGUAUUGUGUAAUAAUCUCCAAUUUAAAUGUAAAUCAUUCUUUCACGGCAGAGUGACAUGUUUUGAGCUACUUGCAGUAUAGUCAUUCAAAUCAUCGAGCUAGCCAUCCUUACCUCCGUCCACUUUACACUCUAAUUGUCUGAAGUGUCCCUCUGCAUGUGCUCCAAGUCAGUUUCCAAACAUUUAAACAUAUUCUUAGACCAUGUGCAGAAUGGCUAACAUCCCUACCACUGUGUUUUUCCUGAUGUGACCUUUGAUGAUGUCGCAACUUGAACAAUUUGUGCACCCCUCUGGCUUGCCUGAAGUAUUGCCCUGUAUGCUGUAUGAGCCAUUUGCACUACAUUUCAGUCCCAACAUCUCUACAUUUUCAUCGUCCUCUGAAUAAUAUUUCACUAAUGCUUUUUGUAUUUGUUCUGCAUGGCCAGUGCAUGCCUUCUCCCCCUACAUCCAGCAUGUCUGCUGUGAAAUGUUGACAGUAGUUUGUCUUCUGUUGCCUGGAUGAAGACCAUUUUUAACUAUACUGACUUUGUAUAAGUGCUCAACUAAGUGAAAUUAAUCCUGAUUUAGCUGCUCUUCAUGAUGUUUCUGGUGGAAACAUUUUAGUACGUGAUGAGGUAGUGACACCAAAAAUGACACUGCUGAAUGUUGCCUGGGAAGCAACUGAAAGCAAAUUAUGCAUUUGGAAAGCAAGGGUGAACUGCAGAAUUUAGCCUGUAUGCUAUAAUGUUAGCUAGCAUGGAGCUACUGGGAACACAAAGGUAAUAUUAACGCGUACACUGUCGUUACUAAAAUGCCGACUGAUAAAAUUUGGAGGAAUAUUCAACAUUAUAGCUCUUCUUAUCUGCUGUAUGUGUCAAACAGAAAUGUUAGCUUUUUUUGUGCUGUGUUUACCUGGACAUUGCCUGGACAUGUCAUAAUGUUGAUUCAAGUUGCUGUAAUAAAUAUAUUUUUUGAUGUCA